CGCCCCGCCCUCCUAGCGCGCCGGGUCCGAGCGUGUGCGGAGAGCAGCGGCGUUGAGCCCGAGCAGCACGCAGGAGCCGGGACCCGCAGAAGGCUGUUCCAGGGAGCAGCGCCGCGACCCGACCCAGAGAGCGACCCCGGCCGGGAGCGCGGCCUCGCCCGCUUCGCCCGUCCCGGCCGCCGGGCUGCGGGCAUGGACGGCGCCCGCUGGCCCUAGAUGGACGGCGAUGGCGGCCGCCUAGACGCCCCCUGCGCGCUGAUCUUCCUGCGGCGCAGCGUGGUGGAGUCGGACCAGGAGGAGCCGCCGGGCCUGGAGGCGGCCGAGGCGCCGGGCGCGCAGCCUCCUCAGCCGCUGCAGCGCCGGGUGCUGCUGCUCUGCAAGACGCGCCGCCUCAUCGCUGAGCGCGCCCGCGGCCGCCCUGCCGCCCCUGGGCCCGCCGAGCCCCCCACACAGCCCAGCGCCCCUGACCCAGAGCCCGCGGGUGCGCAGGAACCUGGCCUGGACCCUGCGCCCGUCCCCGACGGCGGCCCCCGAGAGGAGGCGGCUGUAGCAGAGAGGAAGGAGGACGCCGGGGGGCCCGAGACAAGGCCUGAUCCCGGGCGCGCACGCCGGGACGAGCCCGAGGAGGAGGAGGACGAUGAGGAUGAUCUCAAGGCUGUGGCCACCUCCCUGGACGGCCGCUUCCUCAAGUUCGACAUCGAGCUGGGCCGCGGCUCCUUCAAGACGGUGUACAAAGGGCUGGACACGGAAACAUGGGUGGAGGUGGCCUGGUGCGAGCUGCAGGAUCGGAAGCUCACCAAGCUGGAGCGGCAGCGGUUCAAGGAGGAGGCCGAGAUGCUGAAGGGCCUACAGCACCCUAACAUCGUGCGCUUCUAUGACUUCUGGGAGUCCAGCGCCAAGGGCAAGCGGUGCAUCGUGCUGGUGACUGAGCUGAUGACCUCGGGGACCCUGAAGACGUACCUGAAGCGGUUCAAGGUGAUGAAGCCCAAGGUGCUGCGCAGCUGGUGCCGGCAGAUCCUGAAGGGGCUGCUGUUCCUGCACACCAGGACACCCCCCAUCAUCCACCGGGACCUCAAGUGCGACAACAUCUUUAUCACCGGGCCCACCGGCUCCGUGAAGAUUGGCGACCUGGGCCUGGCCACCCUCAAGAGAGCGUCCUUUGCCAAGAGUGUGAUAGGUACCCCUGAGUUCAUGGCACCUGAGAUGUAUGAGGAGCACUACGACGAGUCCGUGGAUGUCUACGCCUUUGGGAUGUGCAUGCUGGAGAUGGCCACCUCGGAGUACCCCUACUCAGAGUGCCAGAAUGCCGCCCAGAUCUACCGGAAGGUCACCUGUGGCAUCAAGCCGGCCAGCUUUGAGAAAGUGCAUGAUCCAGAAAUCAAGGAGAUUAUUGGAGAGUGCAUCUGCAAAAACAAGGAGGAGAGGUAUGAGAUCAAGGACUUGCUCAGCCACGCCUUCUUCGCGGAGGACACCGGCGUGAGGGUGGAGCUGGCCGAGGAAGACCAUGGCAGGAAGUCCACCAUUGCCCUGAGGCUCUGGGUCGAGGACCCCAAGAAACUGAAGGGCAAACCCAAGGACAAUGGGGCCAUAGAGUUUACCUUCGACCUGGAAAGGGAGACGCCGGACGACGUGGCUCAGGAGAUGAUUGAGUCGGGGUUCUUCCACGAGAGCGACGUGAAGAUCGUGGCCAAGUCCAUCCGUGACCGCGUGGCACUGAUCCAGUGGCGGCGGGAAAGGAUCUGGCCAGCGCUGCAGCCCCAGGAGCAGCGGGAGCCAGGCAGCCCUGACAAGGCCAGGGGCCCACAUGCCGUGCCCCUGCAAGUCCAGGUGACCUACCACGCACAGGCCGGGCUGCUGGAGCCUGAGGAGCCUGAGGCUGACCAGCACCUUCUCCCCACCGUGCUGCUGGCCAGCGCCACCUCCCUGGCCUCCGACAGCACGUUUGACAGCGGCCAGGGCUCCACUGUGUACUCGGACUCGCAGAGCAGCCAGCAGAGCGUGGUGCUGGGCUCGCUGGUGGACACGGCGCCACCCACUGCCCAGAGCGUGUGCAGUCCCCCGGUGAGCAUGAGUGAUGGGCCAGCCCUGCCACGUAGCCUGCCCUCGCUGGGCGCCUACCAGCCUUCCGUCGCGCCUGGUGUGUCGGUGGGCCCCAUCCCGCCCCUCACCCGAGCUCCACUGCCACAGCAGCAUUUCCCGGAACCGGCCAUGAGCUUCACUCCCGUGCCGACUGGCCCAGGCCAGCCUAUGCCCUCUGGCCACCAGCCUCCUCCGCUGGCCCAGCCAGCACCCAUGCAACAGGUCCUGGCCCCGCAGCCCGUGGGCCCCCUCCAGCCAGUGCCCCCCCACCUGCCUCCGUACCUGGCUCCAACCUCCCAGGUGGCCCCUGCUCAGCUGAAGCCCCUCCAGAUGCCACCAGUGCCCUUGCAGCCACUUGCUCAAGUCCCUCCGCAGAUGCCUCCACUUCCUGUCAUCCCCCCCGUCGCUCCGCUGGCCACAGUCGACAGCCUCCCUGCAGCCCUCCCCGACCUGCCGGCUGCCAGUGGGCCCGCUGUGCCUCCCCCUUCUCAGUAUUUCUCUCCGGCCGUCAUCUUGCCAAGCCUCCCACUCAACACCGCCGCCCCUCUGCCCGCGUCACCGGCCCUGCCUCUGCAGGCAGUCAAGCUGCCCCACCCUGCCGGGGCACCUCUGGCCAUGCCAUGCCGGACCAUUUUGCCAAACGUGGCAGCCACCGCCACUGCCAUCCCUCUGCUGGCUGUGGCCCCACAGGGCAUGGCUGCCCUGUCCAUUCAUCCUGCUGUGGCCCAGCUCCCGGCCCAGCCCGUGUACCAGGCAGCCUUUCCACAGAUAGUGCCCAGCGACGUCCCGCCUUCUCCCCUCCACACUGCACAGACCCUGAGGGCCACCCCUCUGCAUCCAGCACCCCCCACGCUGCCACAGCCCCACCAGUCAAGCAUUACCGACCUACCUGAGCAGACUGCUCCUGCUGCUGGGGUGGGGAGCCAGGUCCUGCUUGGUCACCCACCUCCAUAUACCGUGGACAUCAGCGCCCAGGUCCACACGGUGCCCGCUCCAGCUGCCAUCCUGUCCCCGCCUCUGCCGGAAAUAGUGCCGCCUGCUGCCCCUGAGCUCUUGCCGCAGCUCCCCAGCUCCCUGACCCCCGUGAUAGCGGCUGCUGCUCAAAGCUUGCCCGUCCAGACCACUGUGCUCCUGCCGCCUUCUAACCUGCCACUGCCCAGUGGGCCUGGGAUCUCCAGCCCCUGCCCAGCUGUCCAGCUGACGGUAGAGCCGGUCCCUGAGGAGCAGGCCUUACAGGACAAGCAGCCCGGUCUCCUGCAGAGCUGUGAGAGCAGCUAUGGAGGUUCCGAUGUCACUUCUGGAAGGGAGCUGAGUGACAGCUGUGAGGGUGCGUUUGGUGGGGGGAAGCUGGAAGGCAAGUCUACCCGAAAACAUCACCGCAGGUCCACACGCACGCGCUCCCGCCAGGAGAGGGCUAACCGUCCCCGGCUGACCAUCUUGAAUGUGUGCAACACGGGUGACAAGAUGGUGGAGUGCCAGCUGGAGACGCACAACCACAAGAUGGUGACAUUCAAGUUUGACCUGGAUGGGGACGCGCCCGACGAGAUCGCCACCUACAUGGUGGAGCACGACUUCAUCCUGCAGGCUGAGCGGGAGACGUUCAUUGAGCAGAUGAAGGAUGUCAUGGACAAGGCGGAGGACAUGCUUAGCGAGGACACAGAUGCGGACCGUGGCUCCGACCCUGGGGCCAGCCCGCCGCCUCUCGGCACCUGUGGCCUGGGCGCAGGGGAGGAGAGUCGCCAAUCCCAAGCCAAUGCCCCGGUGUAUCAGCAGAAUGUCCUGCACACUGGGAAGAGGUGGUUUAUCAUCUGUCCAGUGGCCGAACACCCAGCGGCCGAGGCCCCCGAAUCUUCACCUUCACUUCCUCUGAGUUCCCUGCAGCCAGAAGCCAGCCCAGAUCCAGCGCCCUGUAAAGACCAGCUGUCCUCGAAAGAAAAACCUGACCUCCUAGCCGAUUCACAGCUUCUGACCCAAGCAGGCUCCGGGGAUGCCCCUGGGGGUGCACCAGCCUCUUUGGUGCCAACCUCCCCUCCCGUGACUGCUGUGCCCCAGGACAUGGCUGCACCAGCUGUCAGCCCCAAGCCAGAGCCAGCAAUGGGGGCUGCUGUGCAGGCAGGGGGCCCAGGGACCUCUCAGGGUGAAGCCAGCGAGCGUGAGACCCCCCAGCCGCUGGCAGAGACUCAUGAUGCCCAGCUUGCUGCAAGGCCCCCGGGUGCAGUCCUCGGGCCUUGCGCCUCCCCUCCAGAGGCCCUGCACCACCCCACAGGUCUGGGAGAGCCUGCCUCCAGGGAGGCCAGCGCCCAGUGCACCUUGCCAACUCCAGCCCCUGUGCUUAGUGCCCCCAGCGGGACCCUGCAGCCUGCUCAGGGCCAACCCCUAACUCCACACCCUAAUGCGGUGGGGGUCCUGAACCUGGCUACCCCCCAGCUUCCCAGCCCCCCACUGGGGCCCACCAUCCCCCCUCAGCCACUCUCAGCCUUGGAGUCAGAUGGGGAAGGGCCGCCUCCCAGGGUGGGCUUCGUAGACAGUACCAUCAAGAGCCUGGAUGAGAAGCUGCGCACGCUGCUGUACCAGGAGCAUGUGCCCACCUCCUCGGCCUCAGCUGGGACCCCUGUGGAGGUCGGCGACCGAGACUUCACCCUGGAGCCCCCGAGAGGGGACCAGCCUUACACAGAGGCCUCAGGGGGGGACCCGGCCCUGCUGCCCCAGCCUGAGUUGGACAAGUCAGAAAUGGUCCCUGGGCCCAGGGCCAUGUUGGAGCAGGCCACAUCCUCACCAGUGACAGCAGUACCAUCUUUCAGCAAUACACUGGACUCUGAUGGAGGUUGGGUGGCCUCAGGUUCCCCGGCAGCACCCAGCGGCCCCCAGGAUUCCCCCGCUUCUGCCAUCUCUACACGUCUGGAGCCUACAGACCAGAGUGGCGGGUCCCCUGGGGAAACCUCAGCCGAGCCCAUGCAGCACUGCCCAGGGAUGUUGACCAAGGGCAGUCAGGCCAGCCACCCCCAGAUGCACGGUGCUCUGGCCUCAGGGUCCCCUCCGAAGCAGCCAGGGCAGCAGGAUGGCAACUCACCAGCCAAAACUGUGGGCCGGUUCUCAGUAGUCAGCACACAGGACGAGUGGACCCUGGCCUCACCUCACAGCUUGCGGUACUCUGCCCCACCCGACGUGUACCUGGAAGAGGGGCCCCGCAGCCCUGAUGUGAAGCUGGCCCUGCGGCGGGCGCAGACAGCGUCCUCCAUCGAGGUUGGCCCUGGCGAGCCCGUUUCCAGUGACUCUGGGGACGAGUGCCCUCGUAGGAGGCCCCCUGUGCAGAAGCAUGGCUCCCUGCCUGGGAGUGGUAGCAGCGUGGCCAGUGACUUUGUGAAGAAAGCCACCGCCUUCCUACACAGGUCCUCGAGGGCUGGCUCCCCGGGCCCGGAGACACCCAGCAGGACAGGUGUGAAGGUCCCCACUAUCAGUGUGACCUCCUUCCACUCCCAGUCAUCCUACAUUAGCAGUGACAAUGACUCAGAGAUUGAGGACGCUGACAUCAGGAGGGAGCUGCAGAGUCUUCGGGAGAAGCACCUGAAGGAGAUCUCAGAGCUGCAGAGCCAGCAGAAGCAAGAGAUCGAGGCCCUGUACCGCCGCCUGGGCAAGCCACUGCCCCCCAAUCUAGGGCUCUUCCACACAGCACCCCCUGCCGGCCGCCGGAGAAAGACCAGCAAGAGCAAGCUGAAGGCAGGGAGGUUGCUGAACCCGCUGGUGCAGCAGCUCAAGGUCGUGGCUUCUAGCACAGGUCAUUUGUCAGACUGCAGCAGAGCCCCUCCUGCCAAGGACCCCGCCAAAGCCGGGGCGGGGCCCACGGCAGCAUCAGACCCCUGUGGGAAGGCAGUUCAGACCCAGCAGCCUUGCUCGGUGCGGGCCUCCCUGUCUGCAGACAUCUGCUCCGGCUUAGCCAGUGACGGAGGCGGAGCGCGUGGCCCAGGCUGGACGGUUUACCACCCAACGUCUGAGAGAGUGACCUAUAAGUCUAGUAGCAAACCUCGCACUCGAUUCCUCAGUGGACCCGUGUCUGUGUCCAUCUGGUCUGCCUUGAAGCGUCUCUGUCUAGGCAAAGAGCACAGCAGUCGGUCCUCCACCAGCAGCCUGGUCCCAGGCCCCGAGCCAGGUCCCCCACCCGCCCUGCACGUCCAGGCUCAGGUGAACAACAGCAACAACAAGAAAGGCACUUUCACUGAUGACCUUCACAAGCUGGUGGACGACUGGACCAGCAAGACAGUGGGGGCUGCUCAGCUAAAGCCAUCGCUCAACCAGCUGAAGCAGACGCAGAAGCUGCAUGACAUGGAGGCCAUGGCAGGCUGGCCCCCAGGCCCUGGCGAGGUGCAGGCCAUGAACGCACCUCGAGCAGCAGUGGGGACACCUUGUCUGGCCCUGGCACCUGGCCCUCUACCCACCACGGUCAUUCCCGGAACUGCCCUGACCCUGCCCAUGCCCAUGCCAGAUUCUGAGAGUGAGAAGCCCGACUGAGCCCAGGCAGGCUGACCUGACCCAGACGCCAGGCCUUGUGUCGUCACGCAGAGAAGCGAGUCCACGCCUCGUGUCAGUUCACUGUUUUGUAAACACUUUCUAAGCAUUUUUUAUUCACAAUUGGAAACACAAAUGUAAUGCAAGAAUAAAAAAUAUUUUGGGG